GAGAGAGAGAGAUGAGUCCAUAUCCAGAGGGUUGGCAGAAGAACUGAUAGAGAACUUUCAAAGCUCUUUUUCUUCCACCAUCACUCAACUAGCCUCUAUAUUGCAGUCUCAAACUGAAAGUUCUUCAUAAUUUUCUUUUCAAAGAGGGGCUGCUUUAGUUAUAUAUGAUCCUUACCCAUCUGAAAGAAAGUCGAUUGAUUUAAACAACCUGAUAUAUACAUAGUUCUCUCAUUUCUUUUUCCCUGUCGGUGCCAUGCGACCUGAGGGAAACCCUUUAGACCUCAACAAUUUGCCUGAUGAUUUCAGUAGAGAUGGUAAACAACAGCUCCUCGAGGAUGCCUCCACUGGUUAUAGAAAGAAGAAAAGCGGCGGGAAGGAAGGAAAGGACGAUUGUGGGAAGGUCUACGAGUGUAGGUUUUGUUCCCUCAAGUUCUGCAAAUCUCAGGCUCUUGGCGGACACAUGAACCGCCACCGCCAAGAGAGGGAGACAGAGACACUGAACCGAGCUCGUCAGCUGGUCUUCAGUAACGAUAACCUAGCCGCCCAAAGCCACCUCAGUUGUUGUCAUCCAAUCACACCGCCGGGAAGCUACCAUCAUCAUCCACCACCAGGCAACAUUGGACCAGACACAACGUUACCACUAAGAUUCCCAACAAGAAUGUUCUCCAAUUCUUCGUCAAGCUUCAUAUCGCCGCCGCCGCCGCCGCCGCUGCCAUCGCAGGCGGUGCAACCCUCGCAGCCUUAUUUAUACACCUCUCCUACGCGUCCCUUGUCUUUCUCGUCACACUAUCCUGCUCAUCAGCAUGCGGCGGUGAAUGAUAAUUACUAUGUUGGCCAUGUUCUAAGCAGCAACACAAGCUCAACAUCGCAGUACUGUCAUCCUAACAUAAGCUACGCGGCCGCGGCAGAGUCCAACUACACUUGCAUUGGGGCACCGGUCGGGCACGCACAUGGGUUUGUGCCGGGGAGCGGCCGAGCGGCGGCGGAGUUGGCGGAGUCGGGUAGUGUUGGGGGCGGUAGUGGUGGUAGAGACGGUUCACUUCACUGAAUUGGGGUUUUUGUGGAGCUAGAUAUAGCUAUACAC